AUGAAGAUCUCUAUUAUCUUGUCUAUACUCCCUCUUGCUACACUAGCAGCCUGCUUCCCUGCAACUCAAACCGAAAACGACCAGGCAGAUGAGAUUCCCUACGGUGCUUUCCCAGACCCCAGCGAAUCCUUCGUACUCUACCCGACACCGACGCCGGGGGUUACACCCGAUAAUACGAUUAGCCUCGCACAGGUCGGCCAUGCUGUUGUUAUAAAUCAUUGCAAAUUCCCAGUCUACAUCUGGUCCGUCGGCAGCUCCAUUAAGCCAGUGGUAACGACACCAUCGCAAGGGCGCUAUUCGGAGACAUUCCACCGGGAUGUUGGGAGUGGCGGCAUCGCGAUCAAAAUUAGUACCAAGCACGAUGGACUACUUACCAGCUCGCCCUUGACGAUUUUUGCAUACAACCUUGCGGCAAAUGAGCGGGUGUGGUAUGACCUAUCUGAUGUCUUCGGUGAUCCAUUCAAGGGCUAUCGUGUUGCUCUGUCGCCAGCCUCACCAGAAAUUACCUGGACGGAUGGAAUUCCCCGCUCUGGGAGUGCAAUUCGAGUUCGUAGCGCUGCCAGUGAUUUGGUUCUGACGUUGUGUUAA